AUGCUGACGGACCUGUACGAGGCCCUAGGUGCCAGGAAGCUGUACAACGACGGCACAGCACGGCGCAGCAUGCCGUGGCACAGCGUAAUUGCGAGCAUGAUGCACGCUAAGGUCGUGGCGGUGCUGCUGCUGGUGGGCCUGGCGGUGGCUGGCGCCCAGUCGGAGCCGGAGCAGCCCACCGUGUUCGCAGCGCUCCAGGUCACCCCAGCGGUGUCCAAGUUCUGGGCUUCCCUGGCACAGUUCCCUGACAUCGCCGAGAUGGUCGGCGACGACUUUGCCGGCACCGCCUGGGACGCCGCCGUGGAGGACCUGCGCGAGGCGGGCAUCCCCUUGACCACCAACCGCUUGAAGGACAUCAUCCUGUACCACAUCAUUCCGGGCCCCCCCGCCCCCAUCACCGGCCUCAACGACGACCAAAUCUUCGUCUCCUCCCUGGGCGACAAGAUUGUGACGGCCCAGUACACCGACGGCAAGCUCACCCUGGAGGGCGUGGGCUCCGAGGCCGGCGUGGUCCAGCCCGACAUCUUUGUGGGCGCCGCCCACUACAGCGUGGUGCACGUCAUCGACGCUGUGCUGCUGCCCUUCAAGCUGCCCGGCGGCGACAAGCCCAAGGGCACCGUCAAGGCCACGGACCUGGUCAAGGGCGAGGUUGACACGGACAAGGUUGAGUCCAAGGACCUGGUCUCGGAUGCGGCGACCGCCAUCGGCAACGCCGCGCAGACCGUGUCGGGCGCCCUGGCCAACGCCAAGGACGCCGUCAGCACCGCCGUGGACCAGGCCAAGGAAACGGCGGCCGGCGUGGGCGGCAACGUGGCCGCGGGCGUCACGACUGGCGUGGAGGCCGCUCAGGGUGCCGUGGGCACCACCGGCGCUGUGGGCUCGGCGGUCGCCUGCCCGCUCAACCUCAUGCCCGUGUGCGGCGCCAACGGCAUGACCUAUGACAACGAGUGCCUGGCUGAGGCGGCGGGCACGACCGUGGUGGCGGAGGGCCCCUGCACCGUGCCCAUGGGCGAGAGCGGCCCCGACAUGCCGGUCGGCAUGGGCCCCACCGUCGCCCCCUCCCCCCUGCCUGCGCCCUCCCCCUUGCCGGCGCCCUCCCCCUCGCCGGCGCCCACCCCCGCGGCCCAGCUGGUGCCCCCCAGCGCCGCCACCAGCACCCUGGCCAGCGUGGCGGCCCUGGCCGCCGGCCUGCUGGCGGCCGCCCUGCUGAUGUGA